AUGGUCGCCGUUCCAACCACUCAGGCCGAGGCCCUGGCUUGGCUUCGAAAUUCCCACAAUAUCCACGACUCUCUGCAAACAACAGACUUCGACAAGAUCUACUCCAAGAAUGCCCAGGUCAAAUUCACCAACUUCCCCGUUGCCGAUGGUGUGGAUUCCAUCAAGCAGAUCAUGGACGCGGCGUUUGGGCAGCUGUCGUAUAUGAAGCAUAUUACUCGUCAGGCUGAUAAGGUGGACAACAGGAUCUGGCUCGCUGUGGACAUCACCUACCGAGUCAAGGGCGACCCUGAUAACGAGGACAUUAACAUCCCGGCUGCAGGGCUAGUCACGAUCGUGACGGAGGGGGAAGAAGCUGGCAAGAUCGCACGUUUCGAUGUCUUUCUCGAUAACACACCUGUCAGGGAAAAGAUUGCAGCGGUUGCGAAGUUGAAAUCGUAG